AUGACUAAAAGUUCAACACCAAAUGAUUACCCACGCAUCUAUCUGUUCGGAGACUCGCUGACUGAGCGGGCCUGCUAUGAGUCGAAUAAUGGGUUUGCGUGGAAGUUGGAGGAAUAUUAUCAUGGGAGGGUUGAGAUUGUAAAUGAAGGAUAUUCUGGUCAAACCACAAAAACCCUCCGUCGCAUAUUUGAAAGGGAGAUUAUCAAUGUUAUAACAGACCGUGGAGCCCCCGCCCCCUUAUUCAUUACCAUUUUCCUAGGCGCCAACGAUGCCUGUCUCUUAUCCUCAGGUCCUUACGUGCCCCUCCUAGAAUUCGAAGAACACAUCCGACAUUAUGUGAAUAGUAUCCUGGACCACCCCAGUGCACAGAGCACCAAAGUCAUACUGAUCACUCCUCCACCCGUUGACGUACCAUCUCCCGGAAUGGAGCCUGCUGAUGACCUUCCUGAAGUCGCCGAAGUCAUGCAGUCCAUAGCAAAGUUAGGCAGGGGAUACAAGACGUGGGCUUCAAAGCGCCUUUUUGCGGAAAAGAUUGUGGAGAUAGGAAAGGAGUUUGAAGGGAAAACGGAUCGUGUGGCGGUACUGGAUUUUUGGACCGCUGUUACGAAGGCCAAGUGCAAGGAGCAAGGAGUUAUGGAGGAGGGAUUCCACGAGUUGGACAUUCAGGAGAAGCUUCCGGGUUCUGGAUUGCCUGGUGCGACGGAGUUUGGGAAAGAGUUCUUUGUCGAUGGGUUGCAUUUUGGGAGUAAGGGAUAUGAAAUUCUGACUCGCGAAUUGUUUGAAUUAUUCCUGGCUAAGUGGCCAGAAUUGGAAAGGCAAAAGUUUCCCUUGCGUGAGUAA